AUGGCACCGUGCGCCAUUGUGGUGGCGCGCUGUCCCAAGAGAGCAAGGGCAUCAGCCGAAUAUAGUCGCGACGAACAAAUAGUUCAAGGCUUCUACUUUGAGGGCACAAGUCGACUUUCAGAUGUUCAAGAAAUGGAGACUAUUCGGCGUAAUCGUCAUCGGAGACGUAGUGAGUGGGCUGGAACUGAAGUGGAGGAUACCAGCGGUUCGCAGGCUAGACGUGCUCGAUUGAGCCUUGCGCCGAGUACGAGUAGCGAACCUGCGGCUUUACUCUCUACAUUAUCACAAGCUGCCGCCGACGAAGAGGUAGGCCCCAGCCAAAUUGUUGCUGAGGAGACGGCAGAUCUUAGUGACGUUGCUCCUAAUGAAACGGUAGCACUCGGAGAAGGUGGCGUUAGGAACGUGUGCGAGCCUAAGAAGGAGGUUUUGGAUGAUGUGGAAGAAAUUGAAAUUGAAAAGCCAAGGAGCGACUCUUCGGAUUCCUCUGAACUGGGGUUGGAACGAGUAUAUGCGACUCUAGAGCCUGUUCAAGCACUGCAUACGUCUACCGUACAUUCGCCAGAUGUGACAGAGCAUGGUUCAGCGCAGCAGAUAGGAUGGUCAUCUUCUUCGGAGCCAGGCACAUCGCAACAAGUACCUUGGUCAAAUGAACCAGGAAUUGAAAGGGCGCCAGUCGGUUCGGCACCUCCCUCGCAGCAACCUACCUUGCAGUCGGACGCUUUGGACGUAAUGCGCACAUGUUUGUCGCGUGAAAUUGGAAGCACGGAAUUUUCAACCCCGCUCUAUGCAAUGGUUGCAAGAGGAACGCCGUUAUCAAGUGUCACUCUGCAGGAGACGCUCCACCAUUGUAGGCAAGUAACUCAGUUCGAUCUACAGGAUCUGUCUAGAUUGGUGCAGAGCGCCAAGCGCUCUAGGCAUGGUAUUUCUUUAUUUGAUAACAUCGAAACAACGCGGCUCUUGGUAGAAAACGCGAUAUCCAACCGCGUGCUGGUUAAUCUUCUGCUAACAAAGAACAGAGAUCUCGAGUCUCAAAUCCAUGUACUGCGACAGAUCUGCAACAAGCUUACUAGCGGAAUCAGCGAGUCCUCUUCCACCAUAAGCUUCAGCCCUGAUAAUCUCAAGAAACAGCACAUAAUCAAGCGUAGUUCACCAUUCAAGGAACUAAACCUCAACGAGCUUCUCGCCGGCUACACAGCUCCGAGUAGAGUCAAACACAAGACUUCGCUCGUCAUCAAUGACUUUUUACGUGUGAUCUUCAGACAGGUUUGUGGACCAGAUCCCUCAGAUAUAUGGAAUUUUCCUCAUCGUACAUCUAAUGUAUCGCGCAAGCCGGAUUUACAAGAUCUGCCUGAGUCCAUAGUUAUCACACUCAACGAUUUCGUAUUGGAUGCGCUUAGCCUCGGCAACGAGGAUUUGGAGGGAUACAGAUUGAAUUCGAUAAGAAGCUUGCGCACUAGUUACUGGAUCUCUCUGGGUACAUCCGAUGAAGAACGCGAGAAAAAGUUCAACUAUCUGCUGGAGCAAAAAACUUUCUACUGCGGCCAAAUCAGGACCUGUAUCGCAGAAGCACUCGAGGAUGUCCGUUAUUAUCGCCUCGACAAGGGAAAACUUGUGCCUUCAAAGGUUCAAACUUAG